CCCCCCCAUCAGUUCUGUGUAUUGCCUACCACAUUUCCAUCAACGAACGCGCUUAACAAACUUUUUUUAAUCCAUCACAACGGCGGCACUCGUGGAUAACGGAUGUCGGCCACCGUUCGUCGGCCCUCACAUGUCCUUCGACGGUCUUCGUGAUGCAUUACUUAGGGAGAAGUCGAACGAAGUCAAGAGCUGCUUGUCCACCCGCAAGCGCAAGCUGCGCGAACUCUACAGGGUCACGGUCGCCUGCACGGCCUCGUUGAGCGCGACCUACCAACCCCAGCCAGAGGACAGCAUUUAUAGCGAACCUGACGAGGACGAACGCCGUUUUCUUGACGAAAAUGACCAGACAAAAGGUCGACGCUUCAACGAUGCAACUCUACCCUUCCCACCAGUCAUUGUUGACCAGCAACCACCACUGCCCGAUACCCUACCCUUCCAGAAUGCUAAUAAACCCGUCUUCCCGACGCUUUCAACGUCGUCGCCGUCACCAGUUGCUGGCACGCCCAGCCUUGAAGACCAACUGCGCGCUGCGUCUGCCUCACCUUCUGUCGCAACUCAAACGCUACCUCUAGCACCAUCGCAAAACGACACGACUCGCUCUUCUCCUCAAGCAAAGGCCCCGUCGCCACCUGCGCCACCUGCUGUGGAGGAAAAGACAGCAAUCAAGGCCCAGUCCGAAGCACAGCACCCGCUACGUCCGUCGUCCAAGGCACCAGCCGUCCAGGAUGUGAGCGCCCCGGGCAGUACUGGUCCUGAGAGCCCUUCAGUCAGUCCUACUGCUGUCGCGCCUCCCACUGCUGAGGAUGUUGAUGCUACUGCCUCUCCCGACGACUCAUUGUCUGCCCCUACAGCUGAAGGCAAGCCAAAGGCUCCCCAAGUUGUGCACCUACCUCCACAGGAAGUUCAAGAAUCGAGACUGCAAGAGACGGAGCGGAAAUUGGACAAGGCUGCGGAGAAGGAACGUAGAGAAGACGAAAGACUGGCUCUCCCACAUACGAAUGGUCCACUUGAUGCUUCUUCGCCCUCGUCGACUGUCGGCCCCUAUUCUCAAGCGACACCGCAUGCGCCCCAUCAUUCUCCUGACACCAGUCCUGACGCAGAGUCCGUCGACGAGCGCAAUCAUGCGCCAGUGCCCAACGACGAAGUCCUGGACCCUGCAGCUCAGCAGGUGAAGGAAGACCAUGAACGUGCAUUACAGAAACGAAUGAAGGAAGCACGGGAACGAGCACGAGCACGCGAAGACGACUCCCCGACCCCAGACAUCGAGAAACAGAUUGAAAACGAGCAAGCGAUACGGCUAGCUCGCGAUGGAAAAGACCGUUUGAGUGAAUCGCAGCCUCGAUCAGGAUUGGAUCUAAUUACCAAAGAUGCUAGUGAGGUAGCGGGCGAAUUGGCGGCCGAGUACGAUGAGUCCAUGGGAUCCAAGGCCACUCACGACCAUGCAGCAGAGUCAUUACCAACACCAACGACGACCGCUCCCGAAUCAUCAACUGUGGAUCGCGAAACUACUGAUAAUAGCCUCGAGCAACCAGAAGCUGCCCACAUGGCUCAAGAUCACCCAACACCCCCUGCGGAUGCUGACAUCGAUAUGGACGACGUGCCUUCAGAUCCACAGUCCAUAACAUCGCCUCAACCUCCGCCAGCGCGAACCGAGCGGAUGACUACGCGUGUUUCCUCUGGGGCAAUUCGCCAAAAGUCUGUUUCUGAGAUCAUCGCAGAUCAUGCAACACCCAAGGCCAUAUUAACACCCCACUCGAGCAACAGCUCCGCAUCAGUAAGUCCUCAGCGACCGAAGACUAGUCAUCGGAAAUCCCGAGAAGUUUCGACCGUUGUCUUUGCUAAGAAGACCCCAACUCGGACUUCUAAAGCUUUACAAUCCUACAAUGAGGACUAUGCAUCCCUGCAGGGAGCUUCGGAGGAUUCGAGCCGGGACUACCUUGAGGGUCUAUUCAAGUACCAGGCUCAUCAUCCUCCAAGAUCUGUACCUUUACAGGAACUGGUAGGCUCGGCACGGAAAACUGUAUCGACCGCUGGAACGCUUGCCAUGAUCCGGGAACAUCAAGACUAUAAAAUAUUGAAGAGGGUUUAUCAGUUGCAGAACGCAAACCGAUGGUCUCUACGGCAGCUUCAAAAGGCAGUGGAACCCGAGCGUCCGUUCACACAUCAGGAUCAACUACUUUUAGAAAUGAAGUGGAUGCAAACAGACUUCAGAGAAGAGAGGAAGUGGAAAAAGUCACUUGCUGCCACAUUCGCGGAAUGGUGCGCCGAGUACGUAAACAGUAGCUCAACGGAGCGAGCAACACUGCAAGUCAAGUCGCGCAUUCCAAGAUCAGCCAAGCAUACCAGCAACGAUGAUGAGGAUAUGAACGAUGCUCCUACGCCAGAUCUCGUUCAGUCCGGCGCAAAUGAAACGGAAACUGAGUCUUACGCCGAUGAAGACGAGCUCCUUACCCCCCUCAGUGCUAACCCCCCAGCCGGGCUCUUUUCCCUGGGUUUUCAUGACGUCGUCAUGAAAAUCGAACGAACCCCUGCCAGCGAUACCAUGUUCCGGGAACUUCCGUUCUACGAGCCCAUGCUUGAGGGUUCCAGUGACACCAGUCCCUUCUCGAUUUCUGAACCGCCAAUCCUCCCCGUGUCGAAGUUCGUAACAGGAAAGCUAGUGUCGCAAAUACGAGGUCCGCCCAGGAAACGGAGUAGAUACGACUACGACUCUGAAGAUGAGCCGUCUACGCCACCGAGUCGAUCUGGGACUUCAGCUGAACACUCAAUGCCAUCGACUCCCGGCCGACGACUAUUCUGUCGCAACGAUUUGCCCCCAGAAAUGACAGACGUUGCACUAUUCAACGCAGAGAACAAGCAUGUCCGGGACCGACUGCAAGUGGCUCACCAGUUCCGGCCGCCGACUGAAUUCAACAUGCCGUCGGUUGCAUUUUUCGAAACUAGGACUCCAUCUCAGUGGCUAUGGGAAGAGGACCAGAAAUUGCGAGCCCUAGUGAAAGAAUAUACGUUCAACUGGUCUCUUGUGUCGCAACAGUUAUCACUACCGUCCAUGUUUGUGUCCGGGUCUGGCCGGCGAACACCUUGGGAGUGUUUCGAGCGGUGGGUACAGUUAGAAGGGUUACCUGCAGAAAUGUCAAAGACACAAUAUUUCCGGACUUAUCAGGGCCGAUUGGAGCAAGCGAAUAAGACCGUGUAUGCCCAAUUCCAGGCACAACAGCAACAGCAGCAACAACAACAGCAAGGACCAACACCGGCACAGCCGCGAAGACGGCCUACGACCACGCCGAUACGAGUGGAGAGGAGGAGGGAGAACCGACAUCUCGCCAUCAUUGAUGGUAUGCGCAAACUAGCGAGGAAGCGAGAGUCUGCUGCGCACAAGCAGGCGGAGUCCCAGAAAGCUGCCGCGCUCCGAAAAGCACAUGAGCCUGCGCCGCCGAAGAGCAAUGUUCAUACCCCGCAAGAGUUCAGUCGGCUCAAGUGGGAACGUGAAGAGAAGCUGAAGCAAAGGCAACUGCAACAGGAGAUGCUUGUCAGGCAACAAAUGGCAGCACAGCGACAGGCUCAAAUGCAGGCGCAACCAGGCAUGGCGAAUGGUGUCAACCAAAUGCAGCGUAACGGGACACCUGGAAGCAAUGUCAAUGUUCCUACGCAAAUGGCUAAUUCUUCCUCGCAACAGGGUCAGAACGGUCCCGCAAUGGCAGCACGGGCACACCAAACUCAGCAGGGAAUGCCAGCUAACUUUGCUAAUGGUAACAUGUCUGGCAUAUCCAUGGGUACACCAGGUGUCCCCCAGGCACAAAUGCAAGGCAACAUGCAAAAUGCUCAGCGCAUGGGACCUCCUGAUCAAAUGCGCAUGGCUAUGCAACGAGGCCAGUUCCAGAACGCCAAUCAACAGCACCAAUUCCAGCUACAACAACAGCAGAUUAACAUGGCGAGUAACCUCACGCAAGGCAUGGGCAUGAAUGGUAUUCCCAAUGCGAACAUGAUGGCGCCUCUACCAAACCAGAACCUCAAUGGGAACAUGAACGGGAAUAUGAAUACUGCCAUGAACGGGAUGUCCAACAAUGCUGGAUCUCCGAGGAUGAACCAGGGAAAUGGGAACAAUCAAACUCCUGCUCGUCCAUUAUCCAGUGGGCACAUGCCGCAGCUCCUGCAAAUCCAAAACAGUUUAAAGGUACAGCAUCCGGAAUGGACACCAGAGCAGCUUCAAAAAGUGGCUUCCGAACAACUCUCCCGGUUCCUGGCUAAGCAACGCGCACAGGCAAUGAACGCAGCAGCAGGGUCUUCGGGCAUGUCCCCCUCUCCGCAAAUGGGAAACAAUCAUUAUCUUCAACAAGCCGGCGGUAUGGCCAACAGUCCUCAACCGAAUGCGGUACAGAACUAUCAGCAGCAGCUUGUGCAGCAGCAGCGGAUGAUGAGCCAGCAGCAGAGACAACAGGCCGGUAGUCCUGGAUUGAAUGCUCGGCCGCCCAGCCGGAGCGCCACGCCCCAGAACCCACAGAUGCAGCAGAGCCCGGGCUUGCAACAAGCGCAGAUCAACCGGUCUUGAAAAUCCCACGGCGAGGCAUCCCUUAUAUUCCCAAUGUGAUCUGCAUUGUAUAUACUUUUAAUGUCCUCUCUUUAGCGUUGAUUACUAGUGUGGGCGAGUCUGGGCUCGCGGUGAGGUUUCUCAUCGAUGUACUAGGCCUGAGCAAUGUUCCUGAAGUACAAAGCCUCGUGAGAAAGCAAGGUGUUACUGGCGUACCGCGGCGCUAUCAUGAUCUGUUGAGGCAGUGGUUGGGUGGCAAAUUGGGCCUUGAGUGUCCAGCGACACGGCGCCUUUUGAUAGGCUUAAAAGGUCUAUAGAACUCUCUGAAUAUCAUGGAGCUUGAUUAGAUGUCGGGUCAACCACAUCACAAAUUUUGAAGUCUGAAUCAUUCUUCGCGUGAUGCACAAAUCUGCACGGCUGGGUUGCAUUCCACCGUGAUAGAACAUGUUAUGGGCAGAUACUUAAACCAAACCAUUCUGAAUUUCAACGAGAG